CGGGGCGGUCCGGCGGGUUCAAAGAGGAAAACAUGGCGGAAAACAAAGGCGGCGGCGAGGUUGAGAGCGGUGGUGGGGGCACCGGCAGCGCGCCGGUAACUGCCGGGGCUGCCGGGCCCGCGGCGCAGGAGGCGGAGCCGCCUCUCGCCGCGGUGCUAGUGGAGGAGGAGGAGGAGGAAGGCGGCAGGGCCGGCGCUGAGGGCGGCGCGGCCGGGCCCGACGACGGGGGGGUGGCCGCGGCCUCCUCGGGCUCGGCCCCGGCCCUGGCUACCUCAGCUCCUGCGGCCUCAGUGGGCCCUGGAGUUUCCGGGAGCGCGGUAUCGACGCCGGCCCCAGCUCCAGUCUCGGCUCCCGCUCCGGGUCCCUCGACGGGGCCGCCUCUUGGACCUCCAGCCUCGCUCCUGGACACCUGCGCCGUGUGUCAGCAGAGCUUGCAGAGCCGGCGUGAGGCGGAGCCCAAGCUGCUGCCCUGUCUUCACUCCUUCUGCCUGCGCUGCCUGCCCGAGCCAGAGCGCCAGCUCAAUGUGCCCAUCCCGGGGGGCAGCAACGGCGACAUCCAGCAAGUUGGUGUAAUACGGUGCCCAGUAUGCCGCCAAGAAUGCAGACAGAUAGACCUUGUGGAUAAUUAUUUUGUGAAAGACACAUCUGAAGCUCCUAGCAGUUCUGAUGAGAAAUCAGAACAGGUAUGUACUAGUUGUGAAGACAAUGCAAGUGCAGUUGGCUUUUGUGUAGAAUGUGGAGAGUGGCUAUGUAAGACAUGUAUUGAAGCACAUCAAAGAGUAAAAUUCACUAAAGAUCACUUGAUCAGGAAGAAAGAAGAUGUUUCAGAGUCUGUUGGAGCAUCUGGUCAGCGCCCUGUUUUCUGCCCUGUACACAAACAAGAACAAUUGAAACUUUUCUGUGAAACAUGUGAUAGACUGACAUGUAGAGACUGUCAGCUAUUGGAACACAAAGAACAUAGGUAUCAGUUUUUGGAAGAAGCUUUUCAAAAUCAGAAAGGCGCAAUUGAGAAUCUACUGGCUAAGCUUCUUGAGAAGAAGAAUUAUGUUCAUUUUGCAGCUACUCAGGUGCAGAAUAGGAUAAAAGAAGUAAAUGAGACUAACAAACGAGUAGAACAGGAAAUUAAAGUGGCCAUUUUCACCCUUAUCAAUGAAAUUAAUAAGAAAGGAAAAUCUCUCUUACAGCAGCUAGAGAAUGUUACAAAAGAAAGACAGAUGAAAUUACUACAGCAGCAGAAUGACAUCACAGGCCUUUCCCGGCAGGUGAAGCAUGUUAUGAACUUUACAAACUGGGCAAUUGCAAGCGGCAGCAGCACAGCACUACUGUACAGCAAGCGACUGAUUACUUUUCAAUUGCGUCAUAUUUUGAAAGCACGGUGUGAUCCUGUCCCUGCUGCUAAUGGAGCAAUACGUUUCCAUUGUGAUCCCACCUUCUGGGCAAAGAAUGUAGUGAAUUUAGGUAAUCUAGUAAUAGAAAGUAAACCAGCUCCUGGUUAUACUCCUAAUGUUGUAGUUGGACAAGUUCCUCCAGGGACAAACCACAUUAGUAAAACCCCUGGACAGAUAAAUUUAGCACAGCUUCGACUCCAGCACAUGCAACAACAAGUGUAUGCACAGAAACAUCAGCAGUUGCAACAGAUGAGGAUGCAGCAACCACCAGCACCUGUACCAACUACAACAGCAACAACACAACAACAUACUAGACAAGCAGCCCCUCAGAUGUUACAACAACAGCCUCCAAGAUUGAUCAGUGUGCAAACAAUGCAAAGAAGCAACAUGAACUGUGGAGCUUUUCAAGCCCAUCAAAUGAGACUGGCUCAGAAUGCUGCCAGAAUACCAGGGAUACCCCGGCACAGCGGCCCUCAAUAUUCCAUGAUGCAGCCACACCUCCAAAGACAACACUCAAACCCAGGGCAUGCUGGACCCUUUCCUGUAGUAUCAGUACACAACACCACAAUCAACCCAACGAGCCCUACUACAGCAACUAUGGCAAAUGCAAACCGUGGUCCCACCAGCCCAUCUGUUACAGCAAUAGAGCUAAUCCCCUCAGUUACCAAUCCAGAAAACCUUCCAUCACUGCCAGAUAUUCCACCCAUACAGAAUUGUCUGUCUCACCAGAGAUACAAAUUGCAGGUGGAAAGUAUAAAAGGAGUGGGAGCAGAGUUGGAAGAUGCUGGCUCAAGUAGUUUAGAUAAUCUACUAAGUAGAUACAUCUCAGGCAGUCACUUACCCCCACAGCCUACAAGCACCAUGAAUCCUUCCCCAGGACCCUCUGCCCUAUCUCCGGGAUCAUCAGGUUUAUCUAAUUCUCACACACCUGUGAGACCCCCUAGUACCUCUAGUACUGGCAGUCGAGGCAGCUGUGGGUCAUCAGGAAGAACUGCUGAGAAGACAAGUAUUAGUUUCAAAUCUGAUCAAGUAAAGGUCAAGCAAGAACCUGGGACUGAAGAUGAAAUUUGUAGCUUUUCAGGAGCUGUGAAACAAGAAAAGACAGAGGAUGGCAGGAGGAGUGCCUGCAUGUUGAGCAGUCCUGAGAGUAGCUUGACACCACCUCUUUCAACCAACCUGCAUCUAGAGAGUGAGUUGGAUGCAUUAGCAAGCCUGGAAAACCAUGUGAAAAGUGAACCUACAGAUAUGAAUGAAAGCUGCAAACAGUCAGGGCUCAGUAGCCUUGUUAAUGGAAAGUCCCCAAUUCGAAGCCUCGUGCACAGGUCAGCAAGGAUUGGAGGAGAUGGCAGUAGCAAAGAUGAUGACCCAAAUGAAGACUGGUGUGCUGUCUGCCAAAAUGGAGGCGAUCUCUUAUGCUGUGAAAAAUGUCCAAAGGUUUUUCAUCUAACUUGUCAUGUUCCAACACUUCUUAGCUUUCCAAGUGGGGACUGGAUAUGCACAUUUUGCAGAGAUAUUGGAAAGCCAGAAGUUGAAUAUGAUUGUGAUAAUUUGCAACAUAGUAAGAAGGGCAAAACUGCACAGGGGUUAAGCCCAGUGGACCAAAGGAAAUGUGAACGUCUUCUGCUUUACCUCUAUUGUCAUGAAUUAAGUAUUGAAUUCCAGGAGCCUGUUCCUGCUUCGAUACCAAACUACUAUAAAAUUAUAAAGAAACCAAUGGAUUUAUCCACUGUGAAAAAGAAACUUCAGAAAAAACAUUCCCAACACUAUCAAAUCCCGGAUGACUUUGUGGCUGACGUCCGUUUAAUCUUCAAGAACUGUGAAAGGUUUAAUGAAAUGAUGAAAGUUGUUCAAGUUUAUGCAGACACACAAGAGAUUAAUUUGAAGGCUGACUCAGAAGUAGCUCAGGCAGGGAAAGCAGUUGCAUUGUACUUUGAAGAUAAACUCACAGAGAUCUACUCAGACAGGACCUUCGCACCUUUGCCAGAGUUUGAGCAGGAAGAGGAUGAUGGUGAGGUAACUGAGGACUCUGAUGAAGACUUUAUACAGCCUCGCAGAAAACGCCUAAAAUCAGAUGAGAGACCAGUACAUAUAAAGUAAAAUGACGUGGACUUAAAUUAAUUGUUUUAAAAAAGAAGUGAUGAAAAUAAAAAAACAGAAAACUUUUAUUUAAGUGUUGCUGGAAUAUCCUGCCUACAGUGGGCACCUCCUUAAAGAAGCUGAUAGCUUUUACACAGUAUUAGAUUGAAAUAAUGAACAGAAAACACAUUCUUGUCAAGAAAGGGGGAGAGAGCUCUGUUUGCAAAACAAAAGGCAAAAGUGAAAUUAUUUGAGGAUUUUUGUUACUAAGGGUGUUCUUCGAUUGUUAGAAAUGGCAGGUGUUGAUUGAUCAUGUGGUAUUGAUGGGUGCAGGAUUCUGAGUGUACAAGUAAAUACUUGAGGCUCGUGUU